UCACGCUUCCAUCUCUAGUUCAAAGCAAAAAAGAAAUGCAUUGGCAUUCUGCGGAUAAUUAAAAAUCAAUUAUUGCAGCGAACGCACAGUCUGGGCCCACAAGAAAACAGCAAGAGCCAACUAAGCAAGGAGUCCAUAUGUUGAGACCAAAGUAACUGCCGAAGAUUCCACAGUUGUUCCACUUUUUGGGGUAAAUCCGCUUAUCCAUCAAAGUGUGCCAACGACACCCCACCCACCCAGAAAAUUGAGUAAAACGUCAGCGGAAGUGGCGUAGAGACACAGAGCACGCUCCACUGGCCACAGGCCUCGCCUUACACUGGAAUUGGCCGAGAACAGUUUACCAGCAUGCACCUCAGUGCGGACAUAUCCAGCGCCCUGCAGCAGAUGGAGGCUGUGAAAAAGGGCAUCGAUGAGUCCGACGAUCCCAAGCUGCAGAUGCAGACGGCAGAGAGCCUGAACACCAUCCUGGGCAUUCUGCAGGACCCCGUCUUUCGCACCAUCGUCCAUGUACAGGAUUCGCUGUCUGAACUUAAUGCCCAACUGGGCCAGCACCCGUCCAUGCUGCCCAACGACUUUGAUAUCGAUGUGGCUGGCAAUCUUGUCCUUAGCCUCAAUGGCGGCGAGGUGAUGUAUGACUUUGACGAGCAGCGUUCUUCGUCCCAGUCCCAUUCCGCACCCGGAAGCCCGGACAAGUCUGUGGGAACUGGUGAAGAACGUCGCCCGCAGAGCCAGAACUCCAAAGGAGCCGUCGGAGCGGAUUUGUAUGCUACGGACUACGCCCAGAUUCAAGCUAUUGAACUGGUGAACGAUGGCACGGGCCUGGGAUUUGGCAUUAUUGGAGCUCGAAAUUCUGGAGUGAUAGUUAAAACCAUCCUUUCUGGCGGAGUGGCCGAUAGAGAUGGUCGCUUGCGCUCUGGAGAUCAUAUUCUUCAGAUUGGAGACGUCAAUCUUCAUGAAAUGGUGUCGGAGCAGGUGGCCGCCGUGUUGCGUCAGUCGGGAACCCACGUCCGCCUCGUUGUAGCUCGUCCAAUCGAGCAUAACUUACCCACGCCUCAGUAUGCCUUGGAGCCAGGCACUGCUGUUGUGCCAACUCGCGUGCUCGUCGAUCCAGUCGAGUUGGAGCGAUACCUCAUAUCCACCGGCUAUCCGGAGAUCUUUGGCGAGAGCUCCACGGCUUCCACCCCCCAGACCACAACUGAGGAUGAUCGAUUUGUCUACAGGGGCGAGACCUCAAUGCUGAUUGAUCCGAGCAUCGGCCUUGAUGAGUUAUUAGCGCUGCCCGAGACGGAGAAGCUGCAGGUAGAACUAAAAAAAGACGCCAACGGAUUGGGAAUCACCAUCGCCGGUUAUGUGUGCGAAAAGGAGGAGCUGUCCGGAAUCUUUGUAAAGAGUGUGUCUCCAGGAUCAGCAGCAGAUCUGAGUGGAAGGAUCCGAGUAAACGAUCGGAUUAUCGAGGUAGAUGGCCAGUCGCUGCAAGGCUACUCCAACCACCAGGCCGUUGAGCUUCUCAAGAAGUCGGGCCAGGUGGUAAACUUGCGGCUGGAGCGGUACCUAAGAGGUCCCAAGUUUGAGCAACUACAGCAAGCAAUUGCAGCCAACGAUAAACUGCCCUCCAGUGCCCCUGGAACGCCUUCAAGGGCUCCACUGCCGACGCCCGUGGCUACAACGUCCUCGGCGACCACAACACCUUCAAGGAGUCUUACGCGAGAAUUGGAAGAAGAGGCUUUGCCUGCCCCAGAAGCCUUCAUGACCUCUCCUCCCUCGGCUACCACGCUGACCACUACUACUUUGAGCUCCUUUGGAGCGGGAAAACAACUAGUAGCUGUGCGAGAUUCAUUGGAUGGCUCGACGAAGAUAAUACCCACGGAAGUAGUACCUUUGGCGGAAAAAACUGAGGCUAAAAACAGUGGCUUAAUCACCCGCCACAAGUAUUAUACGGAUCCGGAGCUCACUGACGAUGUGGAGUCGGAGAUUGUUCGCAAGUGGCUAAAGAUUGUUGGUUCCGAUGUGGAGGUUAUUGUAGCGCAGAUCAAGAAGUUCGCCGUCGGCGGCUUGGGAAUCUCUCUGGAGGGCACCGUCGAUGUUGAGGGUGGAAGGGAAGUUCGCCCGCACCAUUAUAUACGUUCCAUCCUACCCGACGGACCAGUUGGAGUCAAUGGAGUGCUCCGCUCGGGAGACGAGCUUUUGGAGGUGAAUGGCGAACGCCUCCUUGGGAUGAACCACCUGGAGGUGGUUGCUAUUUUGAAGGAGCUACCGCUGGACGUACGCAUGGUCUGUGGGCGAAAUAGAAACACAUCGCUGCUGCCUUUCUCCGAUGACACCCUGAAAAAGCUGAGCAACAACUUUGAGAAUCUCUUGCCUGCCACCGAUCGCCUUGUCAAAGCUAAAUCAGAUGGUAGCCUAGCCACUGCAGGAUCUAUGGCUGAUGGAGACUCGGUAGCUGCCGCAGCCGCAUCUUUCAGCAAGCUCAAGUCGCGCUCACUGGAGCCUCUCACUGGCUUAGCGAUGUGGUCCUCCCAGCCGCAAAUCAUCGAACUGGUCAAGGGCGACCGCGGUCUUGGAUUUUCUAUACUGGACUAUCAGGAUCCGUUGGAUCCCAAUGACACCCUGAUAGUGAUUCGGUCUUUGGUGCCAGGUGGAGUGGCGCAGUUGGAUGGACGGCUGAUACCUGGCGACAGAUUACUGUUUGUGAACUCCAUUAAUCUGGAGAACGCCUCGUUGGAUCAGGCUGUACAAGCACUAAAGGGAGCUCCCAAAGGAGUGGUCCGUAUAGGAGUGGCCAAACCAUUGCCGAUGACCGACAACUCAUUGAAGGCCUGCAGCAACGCGAGCACCACCAGUGAGGAGACUCUGGAUGCUCAGCAGUCGCCACCCGCACUGCCCACGGCUGCUCCUCCAGCUAUGCCAAACACUGCCACCAGGGGAGUUGAGCCAGAUUUGAUCCCUGACUGGCGGAAUUAGAGAAACGACAGUAUAAUUUAACCAUUCCAGGCAGCUGAAUAUUUUCAUUGGAAACUGGUCAUAUUCGUGCCUGCCAAGGCAAAAAUGUUAUGCAUAUUAUUGUUUGUCCCUUCAGAAACGAGCAUUCCACAAGCAUGCAAUAUCUACAUACCCCUAGUAUUAGCAAAUCAAUAUUAACAAGGUAUUUCAAGAGUGUAUGUACUUAAAUAAAUUAAACAAUGUACCUUCA